CCAGCCUGAGCCUGCUCACCUUCAAAGUCUAUGAAGCACCGAAAAAGGACUCACCCCUCACAAAUCCAAUGAAGGGUAAUGAGCUUUCACUCUACUCAGUUCCCAAGGGUCAAUCCAAGUAUGUGGAGGAGCCACGGACCCAACUUGAAGAAAGCAUCUCACAACUGCAAAAUCACUGCGAGCCAUAUACAAGUUGGUGUCAGGAAACAUACUCCCAAACUAAGCCCAAGAUGCAAAGUUUGGUUCCAUUGGGGUUAGACAGCUAUGAAUAUCUCCAACAUGCCCCUCCUGGGUUUUUCCCAAGACUUGGUGUUAUCGGUUUCGCUGGCCUUUUUGGACUCCUUUUGGCUAGAGGUUCAAAAGUAAAGAAGCUGGUGUAUCCACCUGGUUUCAUGGGAUUAGCUGCCUCUAUCUAUUAUCCACAACAAGCCAUUGCAUUUGUCCAGGUCGGUGGGGAGAAAUUAUGA